UGGCCCAGUCAGCAGUGCUGACCGGAGCCGCGAUGGUCCUUUUUCAACUGGGCAUUCCAGUAAAACACACAGAGAGAGCAGUUAAUACAGCCAUGUCUCACUGCUCCUCUGACUGCUUCAUUAUGACCUCAGAAUGUGUGGAAUUCACACAAAGGGAUUUCUGUGAGCUCUCAGAAUGGGAAACAUGCCUACAGUUGUGUUUUCCCAUUUGCACUUUCUGCUGCAGUGCAACACUGGCCUGUUCCCAUCUGCCAAAGGAAAAGGGAGAUUCAGGCCCUCAGAAACAAAAGCUUCUUGAAGAACUUGGAGAGAGUUGGCUUCCAUAUCUGACACCUAGAGAUGCCGAAUUCCACCAACUGUGGAAGACCGCAUAUUCCAAACUCCUCCUCAGGAAAGCUGAUAAGAUUCCCCAAGAACUUCAUCACAUAGUGCAAGAAGCCUUUUUGACCUUGCAAAAACAUGAUUGUUUCUUCCAAGAUCUUGUUAGGAUCAAAGGAAAAGAUUUUCUUACACCAGUAUCUCGUAUAUUAAUUGGAAACCCAGGAUGCACUUACAAAUACUUGAACACAAGACUAUUUACUGUUCCAUGGCCUAUGGAGGAUUAUGAAAUAAAAUAUUUCCAUCCUGAACUAUUUACAGCUUGUAAAGCUUUAAUCAAACUUAAUGACUACUUGAAUAUAGAGGCAGUCCAGGCUUUGCAAGAACAAAAUUUAUCUGGGACCAAAGAAACUGAAGAUACUGCUGUCACAGAUAGAGAACAGGAUUUUUCUAAUUUUAUUAAGGGGUCCCUCUUAGAAGAUCAAAGCAGUCUUUAUACACCAAGAAAUGACUGCACCACUCUGAAGUAUAGAACAUCUUAUAACUUGACUUUAUUGAAUUAUAUGGAUCCUCUACAAAUGCCGUACUUGAAACAAGAGCCUUAUUUUGGAAUGGGGAAUAUGGCAGUGAGCUGGCACCAUGAUGAGAAUCUGGUUGAAAGGUCAACAGUAGCUGUGUACAGUUACAGCUGUGAAGGUUCUGAAAGUGACAAAGUUAAUGAACAGGAUGAGGAAGGGAGAGACCCAGCUGAUUGGCACGUAGGCUUGAAGGUAGCAUGGGACAUAAAGACACCUGGACUGGCAAUACCCCUUCACCCAGGAGACUGCUAUUUUAUGCUGGAUGAUCUCAAUAUGACACAUCAGCAUUGUGUUCUGGCUGGUUUUCAGCCGCGUUUCAGCUCUACCCACAGAGUGGCAGAGUGCUCAACAGGAACACUGGAAUAUAUUUUUGGACAGUGUGAGGUUGCACUUCAGAAUUUACAGGUUGAUUCUGAUUCAGCGGCUUUAUCUUUGAAAUCACUGGAAGUCCAAGUUGUAAAGGAAGUGGAAGAAAUCCAUAACGAGGUCGAAUUUGAGUGGCUUAGGCAGUUUUGGUUUCAGGGCAAACGCUAUAGGAAGUGCACUGAUUGGUGGUUUGAACCAAUGGCAAAAUUGGAAGGAUUCUGGAAAAAGAUGGAGUUUAUGAGAAAGGAAAGAAAAGGAAACAAUCGCUGGGUGUCAUCAAGGAGCUGGUGGAAGACAAGCCUGGUUCUUGGUGAAGUUGGAAAAGGGGAACGAACCAUGGAACAAAGGAACAAAAUCAUCAGCUGCUUCUUGCCACUUCUUACUGAGAGACAGGAGCUACGCAAAGAAUGGACAGCAAGAUGCCAAUGCCAACUUGCAAUGAGUUUGCCAGAAGAGCAAAAGCCAAAGUGCCAUCCCUUCUGGAAGGAUGACGAUCCCAGUAUGCCUCUGCCAUAUGAUCUUGAAGAAGUCAUUGCUAACCUGCAAACUCUGCUUGAGUAGAUGGAGCACUAGAAGAUGUCCUCCCAGUUUAAAAUGACCAGUGCUCCACUUUUCAUCCUUUUGAAAGAAACGUCGUAAAAAUGGAAUAAAUCUCAAAUUCUCUUAUCCUUAAAUCAUAUGAGUUAUUUUAUGUCUUCUCUGAAUGCAGAUAUGUGCUUUUUACCCUUUUUAUGCCCUUUGUAACUGGAUUAUGGUUCUUAGCUACUGUUUUAGUGAUUGCCACAAAAAAAGAGGACUAAGCAUCAAAAUAUGAGAUCUUAAAAGUAAGGUUGUUUGUGAUCUGUUUUGAAAUAAUAUUCCAGAAAAGCCAGCAAUUCCAUGCUGGACUAUACAGGACUAUCCUGAAUAAAAGA